AUGGACAGUGGACCAGAGGUUUCUCGUCAUUUGUGCGAUUCAGAUGAAACUGUUCUGAAAGAAGCCUGUGAUGAGGCUUCUCCAAACAACCAUUCCAGAGAGCAAUCAGAUGAUGAACUUGUUCCACCUCUGAGACGCACAAAAAGCAUUAUGAUGGAUCGACUACAAGAUUUUGCUGGCUGUCUCUACGAUUCAAGUGAUGACAGCACAGAGGGCACUUUGAUUUCUAAGCCUGAAAGGGAUUCACAGAGGCUGAGAAGAUGCUCUCGCCAUCCUAUUCAGAUGCCUCUUGUGGAAUCAGAUAACUCUAACAUUGGCAGUGAAGAUGAGUACAUUCCAUGUCCCAAGGACGAAAGCACAGAAAGUGAUAGCAGUUUGGAAUUAACCCUGGAAGAUAAAAAAAGGAACAAAGGUGCAUCUAGUGAGAGCAGAAGAAAGUCUUCCAGUCGGAGCAAGUUUAUGCCCAGGGAGAGUGGAAGUGAGUCCUCCAAGCAGAAAAGAAGCAGGUCUUCCAGUCGGAGUCAGCUUGAUUUUAGCCAGAAGAGACCCUUUAAAACAAGUCAUGACCCCACACAAAUAUUUCCGAAUAGCAGAGUUGAUGGUAAUGAAAAGAAAAUAGUUGCAACAUAUUCUAAAAAGGAUGUGAGUGUUUCAAUGCCCCUGGAAGAAGAGCAGUCUAUGUAUGUCAAUCCAGUAUUAAAGAAGAUGGAUGGGUCUAGAAGCUACAACAAAAAACAUUUCUGCUUUUAUUGCAGAAAGUUUGUCCAGAAAAUGUCAAGGCACUUGUGGCGUAAACACCAAGAUGAAACAGAUGUUGCAAAAGCAUUCAGUUUGCCAAAGAACUCAAAAGAAAGGAAACUGCAGUUGGACUAUAUACGAAAUAAGGGGAACUUUGAGCACAAUAGUGAGGUUUUGGAGACACAGAAAGGCAAACUCAUCCCAUGGAAGCAACCACAGAAAAAAUCUGAAGGACAGGAAUUUGCACAUUGUAUUCACUGCUAUGGUUUGUUCUCAAGAAGAGCAAUGUGGCGGCAUUUUCAGGUUUGCAACUUCAAACCUGAGAGUAGUAAACCUGGUAAAACUCGUGUUCUAUCUUUGUGUGCUUUCGCUGAACCUGCUCCACCUGGAUUUAAUGAUGCUUAUUGGAAGUUCUUAAGUGUUAUGAAUCAAGACAGGAUUGCAGUUGCUAUUAAAGAAGACCGCUGUAUUCUUGAAUAUGGUUACAGACUGUUCAGGAAGAACGAGAAGGUGGUCAGUCAACACCAGUAUAUUCGGCAAAAACUGAGAGAGCUUGGCAGGCUGUUAUUGAAAGCAAGACAAGUUACACAUGUGAAGACCAUCCAAGAACUCAUAAAACCUGAACACUACAGUCAGGUGGUCACUGCUGCAAAGAGCCUAUCUGGAUUCAGUGAGCAAACUGGCAAAUACCAAUGUCCGUCUCUUGCUCGCAAGGUUGGACACAGCUUGUAUUCUUUGGCCAUGUUUAUCAAGUCCGAAGGCCUGAAAAAGAAAGAUAAACAAGCUACUCAAGAUGCUGAGGAGUUUGCGCUGCUUUAUCAAGAAAGUUGGAGAUUUGACAUUGCAAGCCAAGCAUUAACUCAACUUGACCAGACCAAAUGGAAUGCUCCUCUACUGUUACCUUUCACACAAGAUAUUCAAAAGUUUCAUUGUCAUCUAGCUGAGAAACAGCAGCAACAUUUGAAUGAUCUGCAAAAACACUCAUCACCAUCAAACUGGAAGGAGCUUGCAAAAGUUACCCUCACACAAGUUGUACUGUUUAACCGGCGGAGAGGAGGGGAAGUGUCCAGGAUGCUUCUGUCUGCGUAUCUAUCAAAGGACACAUCAGACACACAUGGUGAUGUUAGCUUGGCCCUUACACCGCUUGAACAGAAGCUGUGCAAGCAUUUUGUAAGGAUUACAAUUGUAGGAAAGAGAGGAAGAAAGGUUCCAGUUCUUUUAACCCCAAUCAUGAGAGAGUCACUUGAUGCUCUGACUGAGAAGAGAGAAGAAUGUGGAGUGCUGUCUGAAAAUGGAUAUCUGUUUGCAUUACCUCACUCUGUCCAUUACAUAAGGGCUUGUGACUGCAUAAGGCAGUUUGUGAACGAAUGUGAUCACCUUGAAAAUCCUAAAGCAUUAACAUCAACAAGACUAAGGAAACAUAUCGCCACCCUCUCUACUGUAUUGAACCUUAAGACCACAGAACUCGAUCAGUUGGCAGACUUCCUUGGCCAUAAUAUUGCUGUCCACCGAAAGCACUACCGCCUUCCGGAGGGCACCCUCCAGUUGGCCAAAAUCAGCAAAGUGCUUCUGGCAAUGGAACAGGGACGCCUAGGAGAAUACAAAGGAAAGAGCCUGGAUGAAAUUCAAGUUGACGUGAAUGAGACCAUUGGCAUAGAGGGGCCUUCAGAAGAGGACAUUGAAGGAGAACAGGGGUCAGAAGAUGAGAGUAUGUCAUCCCUGAACAUCUGUACCUCAACAUCACAAGUCCAAAACCAGAGAGUGUCUCCAACAGGACAUAUCAGCAGAAAAAUGUCAGUAUGCCAGGACAACAGGGGUCAGAAGAUGAGGUCAGCACAUCAUCCCUGCAAGAAUGUACCUCCACAUCACAAGUCCAAAACCAGAGUGUGUCUGCAAGAAAGAGAGGUAAGCAAGCUCCUGUGAGACGUUGGACACCAGAGGAAAUUGCUGCAGUAGAAAAACACCUGAAGAAGUUCAUUGUGAGGCAAGAUGUUCCAGGUAAAGCGGACUGUGAGCGCUGCAUUGCUUCAGAACCGCAAGCGCUACAAAAAAGAGACUGGAAAGCAGUCAAAUAUUUCAUCAAAAAUAGAAUAACUACCAUGAGAAGAAAAUUCUAAUGAAAGCAGUUCAACGAUCAGAGGUAUGGACACACAUUUUCAGUUUGGGUCCUAUACUUUGUUUAAAUGUUUUGAAAUGUACUGUAGUUUAAAGUAGCUGCUGUGGUUUUAGCAGUCAACAACACAUUAAACAAGUACAUGUUUGGCAAAGUCAAAUGUUUGUUUAU